UGAUCGUCGGUGCGCUGUGUCCCUCGGACACAGCAGAUCACGGAAAGAGCCGAAGAUGUCAGUCCGGUCAUGUGAUCAGCUGUGUCCAAUCACAGCUGAUCACAUGGGACUGAUGAUCAGUGUGCCCUGAUGAUCAGUGUGGCCCCAGAAGUGCCACUUGUCAGUGCUCAUCAGUGCCACAUGCCAGUGCCCAUCAGUGCCACGUGCCAGUGCCCAUCAGUGCCACAUCAAUGCCACAUAUCAGUGCAUACCAGUGCACAUCAAUGCCACAUAUCAGUGCCCAUCUGAGCUGCCUUUCAAUGUCACCCAUCAGUGCCAGUCAGUGCCACCUAUCCAUGCCAAUCAGUGCCACCUAUCAGUGCUGCCAAUCAGUGCACCUAUCAGUGCCAGUCAGU